AUGGCUGCCAUUGCUGCACAAUCCCCUGCGGGAAAAGCCCUACCCGAACGAUUACUCAGUUUCUUUGCUCGAUUUCCACCACGAUUAUAUGGAUCGCACUUUACGAAUGAGAAAAUUCCGACCAUAAGAGAAAAGAUAGCGAAAGAGGGCAAUAAAAGGACAGGUACACCUCCAACCGCAUCGAAGAUUGCAAGCAGAUCAGCAUCAAAAUCACAAACCCAGACAUCAAGUUUACAAAGCCAGCAACUACAGGUCGAAGGGUCUGCUACAGCAACUGCAGAGGUAGAUCCUAUAGAAUCCUCGGAUACACUCUUCGAGUUGCCAGCACAAGUCCAAGCAGAAACAGAAACAGAAGCUCGACCACAACCAAGACUCCUUCUCGACCCUGACACCAACAAACCCAUCUUCGAUCCUGCCGAUCAGCCUCCAAAUCCCUUUCUGCCCUACAAGAACCCAGCUACUGGUCGCUGGCGCGGUCCUACCAUCUCCCUGCGCCGUCAAGCUGAACUCUUCAAGCUCGCGCGUGUCUACGGUGUCGAGCCGCUACUCCCCGCAAGUCGCAAGAGCUCAGAAUUCAAGCAGACAAGGAUACUCGAAAGAGGUUUGGCUGUGCAGGGUACGGGUGAAGGCAAGCAUGUCAAGGGUCAUAAGUGGGAGAGGCAGAUGGGAGUUACAUUGGAGAGAAGGAUAACGGCCAUGGAGAAAAUGCCCGCACUGAUCAGGGAAUGGAGAAUGAGAGGUAAUGGACGGAGAUGGAAGAAAUAUCCCGCCAAAACUGGUGCGUAA